GCGACGCCGAGGAGCGAGCCCGGUUGCGCGAUCGGCGCGGCCAAGGGUGCAUGUGCGGCGGUGUAAGUCAGAGGAGCAGCGUGCGCGGCGGUGUAAGUCAGGGGAGCAGCGUGCGCGUAGAUCGCCGGGUUCGUUACGCGGAUGUCGGACUUGCUGCUGCUGGAGAACGGGGUGGAGAUCGUCUUCGACUGCGUCGCGAUCUGCGCCAGGUUCCCUGAGCUGCGCAGAAUGUUGUCGGAUGUUGACGUCAACGCGGCAGUGGUCAGAGUGUAUUGGCCGGCCGCGGCCGUUCCCAAGUAGCCGGCGUUGCUCACCGCCAGGGCGCAUGCGAGGAUUACGAUCUGAAAAUGAUGUAGGUACCAUUGUAUCACCGAAUGGUAUCCAUCGGUAAGGACCAAAUCUUCCGAGUCACAUGUGUGAAUUUUCGAAUUUCCAUUCCACGCGGAAACGGCGUAGUAAUUGAAAGAAUUAGUGAAGCUGUUAAUUAUUGAAAUCAUGUAUCAACAAUUCCAAAAUGUACAAUCUCCUGAGAGGCAACUGGAAAUGCGCGCAUUUGUUCGAGAUUCGAAUGUGGAGGAGAUCACGAAAAUAAUACGGAAUAGUAUCCGUAAGACAGACGCCCCGAAGAUAUUGGAUGAUAUUUUGGAAGCGUUUUCCGAUUCUGAACAAUGUCAAUCGAAACGACGCAAAGUGAUCGAAUCAACGUUGGAGAUUUUAGGAAAAAUUCAAAUACCCACGGUGCACGCGGAUAUGAUCGUUAACCGAAUAAUUUUCAAUCUGCCAAAGCAUUCCAAACAGGACCUUGUCAAACUCGUUGACUUUUGUGUGUCGUCUAUCCGUGAUGAUGAUAACGAGGACGAACUACUCUGUUGGAAAGAUCUGUUACCUGUACUGCUCGAAGCAUUAGAAAAUGAAAAGUGCAUUGUUCGCAUGGAUACACAAAUAUCUGGGAACGAGUAUAAAUCAUUGAUUGUUAAGACAAUCUGUAAUUAUCAAUGGAAUACCAACCACUUGCCACUGUUUGCUAAAAUGUUUGGGGACAUGGCUCUGGAUAAGACGGAUCGUCAAGUGGUUAUCAGAACAUUGUGUCAUCAUUUACCCAAUCUGUCUCUAAGCCAAGUGCCACCUUUCGCGUACCAAACUUUAAAAUUAUGUAAAGAUCGUGACCAUCAAUACCUUUUGAAUAUGUUGUGUAAAUAUUUUCAGUCUUGUUAUGCAAAAGUACUUUCAGUAGAUAAUGAGAACAGUGUGGAAGAUAUUGGUAACAUAGUUAUAAAAGAGGUCACGGAUAUUGAGAGCACUGUACUAUAUUAUCUGUACCAAGCUGUACAACUAAACCAUGAAAGUUUAAAAGACUUUAUUCGUCAUCUUAAAUCUGUAUGUCAUACACCAGAGUAUAUCUUGCAACCAUUUAUGCUUGCUAUACUAAUGUCUGUAUCUAGUAUAUACACAGAUCAGAUUUUUGAUAUAUUGAAGAUGGUUAUUGUUAAUGAUAGUCUGGACAAAGAAAAGAAAGAACAUAGUGCUUGGCUGAGGAAACUUUUACCCUCUGAACUUAAUAUAGUUAUCAUUGUUCGGCAAAUCAUUGACACCAGUAACAAAGAUCGUCAUAUGGUACUGAAAGGUCUUGUGGAAUUAGCAUUCAUGUUAAUGAGUACAAAUCAAAAACUUAAACAUAAUAUGACAGUUGUGUGCUCUACAGGAGCAGAAAUUGUUCGAGAAAUAAUGAAAAAACAGCAUGAAACAGUGCCUACUAUAUUGCAAGAGUUAGUUGACAAAAUAAUAGUGGGUGGAACACCGGCAAGAUAUUACACAGAUUGUUUAAAGUAUGCAUGUGGUGAAUUAUCGGUAAUAAUUUUGGAUCAUCAAACUUGGAUUAUGAUUCUCCUAGAGCGAUUAUUAUUUUUGCCUGCUCUAGUAGCUGAUCAAGUUUUGUUUGCUAUUCUUCCACUAAUGCGUAUAUCAGCCAAUAUACGAGAGAAUCUUCUUUUGACUUUGAGGAAAGCUCUUUAUAGAAAAGGUGCGGCCAAACGUCAAAUGGCAGUCACUGGAUUUCUCGAGAUGUUAAAAUAUUCAAAAAUGCAUUCUUUGAGUGGCUUCAGGUUGAGCCAACGCUGCAGUUCUUCCAUGCAUGGUAGUUCAAAUUCCUCAUCAGUGUUGACUCAGGCAACUAUAGAAUACGGUACACAACGAGAGAAAGGAACCACUGAAACUGAUAAAACUUUAUGUUAUGAAAUAUUGGAUAUAUUAAAGAAAAGCUUCACUUAUGAAUUUGAAGUUAGAUUACACUUAUACAAAGGAUUGUACGGUGCCGUCACGAAAAAUCCUGACAUUACGGAGAUGGUGCUGACAAUGCUUUUUUCACAUUUGAAUCUUUACGUCGAAAGGGACGACAAUGUCCUGCCACCUAUAAAAUUUGAAUUGUGUAUGGAUGUUCAAGAGAUGGACAUAAUUUUAAAAGAACCUAUAGCGGAAUUGAUAUUUGCAAUACAGAAAAUAUACAGUGAUGCAAUUUCUAAAAAUUCAAACAUAUCCGAUAGGUGGUACAAUCAUCUGGAAUCGCUGAGCAAGCGUGUUGCAGCUACUGAUUUAGAACACUUGAAUUUGGAACGAGGAACAGAUCUUUUUGAGAACAGUUUGAAAUCUCAGAUCAGGUUAAAAAACCUUGAUAUGGCGAUCAUGAUUCAUGAAGCAUUAAUAGCGUUUCAAAUAGGAGAGUUAUCCUUGAAAGAGAGACCAGAAAUUUGCAGUAAUAUUGAAAAUUUAUUCAAAGGAUACACGUGCUUGGUGGACUUGAUUAAGCAACCUACAAAAACAAAGAAAGUAGACGGCAAAACUAAGAAAAAUAAGGAUAUAAGCAAUGUGACAAGAAAAGUUGCUAAGUCGGAUAGCAUUAAAAUACCAACUACUAUUAUGGAUUUGGAUACAAUACACCAAUGUCUGUCCCUGUUAUAUUCAGACAGACGACCUUUCUCGACUCAAACUCAAAUUGAGAAACUUCGUGAAAAUCAGAACUUCUGUUAUUACGUGUUCCAAACGUGUGAACAACUGUUACAAAAAACUGAGUCGCUAAUGGUGGAUGCUCCACAAAUGCAGUCAGACUUGUACAUCAAUGUUUACAUUGAAAUUGGAAGGUUACUUUAUGAAUACUUUAUAUUAAAUCUGAACAAUGACGACAAUUAUGAUGAACAGGUGACAAUACUAGCUUUACAAUGCUUCAAGAAGAUUUGUCAUUGCAUGUGCACAUCAUUUUCAUCGGAUUUACCUCGAUUCCUGAGCACAAUAUUACAAUCGAGAAAGGACUCCGUAUCCAAAGAUGUUAAUUUGCAACUGCAGGAAGUUGUUAUAUCAUUAUACGAUUAUUUCGUAGUAUCGUUCACCAGAGAAAUGAGUACCAACGUGAAAAAGAAAGUGCCCAUUCUGUUGUUACAAACUAUGGAACAACUUGCAUAUAAAAUUAAUUUUGCAAAAUGUGAUGGCAAAGAGGUGUUUGAAUGCAUAAAAAAAGUAACGCAGAUAAAGGAAUUAGAAACAUCCGUUGUUUCUAACGUUAUCCAAUUUUUGUUACGCUUAGAGGAAUGCGUAGAAGAACAUGGAGAGACAUUGAACGAGGUCUGUCUGAAGCUAUGUGAGAAAGUGGGCACCAUCGAUGGUACUGAAGCAAUACCGAUUGAGCAAUAUGAAAUCAUCUGCGAAGAAACUUUUGAACAGAUCUAUAACGUGUUGAAUGAUUGUGUGAAGGAAAAAUUGAACAAUGCUUCUUGGUUGUUGUCUCGUUUAAAGGCAGAAGACAUUAUAGCUCGUAUAUCUGGAACGACCGACGAAAUUUGUAAUAACAAUUUAAAAGAGAAGGAACGAAAUUUGUGCAAACGGUUGUCCUAUUUGGCCCAAGUACUCCACACGUUGGUGAACACAUCCAUAGAGCCAGGCCCGUGUACCGACAACACAUUUAAAAAUUUGCAAUGUUUAUACCAUUUGCUAGGAAAUCUUACCAAAUACUUUUGCGCCAAGUCGAAUGGAGAGAACGCAGCAUUCCAGACGGUCAAAUUUAUUCAAGUGGUCCAAUUGGCUGGCAAACCAUUGAAAUCUGCCUUUUACAAUCUAGUAACAUAUAUAGAGGAAAAGCAAAACCAAUUGAAUUCAAAGUCUGAUUCUCACGCGCAAAGGAACAAGAUUUUACGCGAAACAAAAAUAAUACCACGCGUCGUUUACGAAAUUGAGCAGUUCAACAAGGAAGUACUGUUACUUGGUAAAAAAACAGGCGUACCUUUGGAAAACUACAUGAAACACAGCGUGACGCGAGACUUUAGAAUUAAAAAUCCGCAACUCGUGGAAGGUCUUGAAAAAAUGGAUGUCAGCAUGUUUUCAUCAUCAAAUUCAGAGGAUUCAGAAAGUGAAGCUCACAAGUCCAACCUGGAUAAGUCAAGCAGUACUGCUGAUGAGUCGGAGCCUUCAAAGAAACGAUUAAGAACAGAGGAUUGAAGCAUUAUUUGCUUGAUAAAAACUCAAUUCUGAAUUGAUGACUGAAUUUAUUAUGUUUCCAUUACUUUUAUGACAAACUUGCGUACCCAUAAUAUUUUAUGCUACAAAGUCCAAUGGCCUAUUGAACCCUCCUUUCCUGUUCAUGUAUUGCCUAUAUUUUCUUUUCAAAAUUACGUGCACAGCGCCCACAUCGUUGCCUUCGACCUUUUUACCCUUGGUAGUAUCAAAACCACAAAAACCCAUUAUUCUCAUCAUUUCCUGUUCUUCGGGUGUUUUCCCUUGAAGAUCAGCCUCUGUAA